AUGAGCCUGAGGAAUCAAAGCAGCACGGGGCAGGUGACAGAAUUCAUCUUAAUGGGCUUCCAGUUUCCGAAAACCUUGGAAACCUUAAUUUUUGUGGUGCUCCUUGUUGUUUUACUCUUAACGAUAGCUGGGAACAUCACCAUCAUCAUACUGGUAUGCUUGGACCAACGCCUCCAAACCCCCAUGUACUUCUUCCUCUGCAACCUCUCCUUCUUGGAGAUCUUCUUUGUCUUGACCAUCACUCCCAAGAUGCUGGUGAACCUGCUGUCAUUGAACAAAACCAUCUCGGUUGUCGCCUGCUUCACUCAGUGUUAUUUCUAUUUCUUCCUUGGGAGCUGCGAAGUCAUCCUGAUUGGCAUAAUGGCAUUUGACCGCUAUAUUGCCAUCUGCCACCCACUCCGGUACACCGUCAUCAUGAAUGGCCGUGUCUGCACUAAUUUGAUGCUAGGAUGCUGGUUUGGUGCGUUCAUUAAUCCAUUUCCUCCCUUGAUUUUGAUGACUCAAUUGUCCUUCUGUGAUUCUAAUGUCAUAGACCAUUUCUUCUGUGACUAUGCUCCAAUUGUAAAGCUUUCGUGCAAUGAUGUCCAUGCUCUCCUGGCCCUGGAGGGCAUCCUGUCCGGAUUUUUCCUUCUCAGCUCAUUGUUUGUCACUUGUGUCUCUUAUCUCUUCAUUAUUGCCACCAUCGUGCGUAUGCGCUCCACCAAGGGUCGACAAAAGACCUUUUCGACCUGUGCUUCCCACAUCACAGUUGCUUCCAUCUUCUAUGGCAGUGACAUCUUCAUGUACUCCUUGCCCAGCCAUGGACGUUCUCGAGACGUCCAGCAGGCAGUUGCCGUACUCACUGCAGUAGUUACCCCAUUAUUAAACCCCUUUAUCUAUACGUUGAGGAAUGAAAAGUUCAAGGAGGCCUUAAAGGACAGCCUGAAGAGGAGGAAACUUUCAUUGUGA